GACUUUGUUGAUAUUUGUGCUUUUAAUAUUGCAGGAGAAUUGCACUAAAACGAUUUAGUCGAGUUUGUUUACUGAUUCGUUCCCUUAAAAGCUUUGUUAUAAACACCGAUUCGUUCACGAAAGAAACCUCACUACACUAAUAGUCAUGUGUGGCUUAAAGUAAACAGUGCAAUGAUACUUAUCAAAGUCCAACUCUAGAUUCACUGGACGACUGCGGAAAAUGUUGGUACAUCAAGGUGUUGAGCUGGAAGCGCCUCCCUCAGAACUGGAGAGAGAGUUUCAUACUCUUUUUAAUUCUGAUGCUCUGCUAUUUCUGUCUGAACUCAUCUCUACCUUCCAAGCAGAGGUUGACCAGGUUUUGAAUUUACGAGUCCUCCGGAAAGUUCAGUUGGAUCUGACUGGAGAGUUGCCAGGCUUUCUAAAGGACACAGCUCACAUCCGAAAUGAUCCUAGCUGGAGAGUGAGUCCAGUUCCAGACCGAUUACACUGCAGACAUGUGGACGUUGGUGACCUUUCACCCUGUGAUACACAACGACUUAUAAUAGGACUCAAAUCUACUGCCCAAGGGUUACAGAUUGAUUUUGAUGACGGCAACUGCCCAACAUAUCACAAUCAAAUAAAGGGCAUUUAUAAUGUUUAUCAGGCUGUGCACAACCAGUUUCAGGAUGUACCACCCAUUUCUCAGGCUCCAGUGCUGAUGCUCCGCCCUCGAGCAUGGAACAUGGUGGAGCACAAUAUGAUGGUGAAUGGUCGAGAGGUUCCAGGUCCAUUGUUUGAUUUUGGUCUGCUGAUGUUUCAUAAUGCAAAACUACUUCUUCAAAACCAGAGUGGCCCUUUUUUCUACUUGUCCAAGGUUGAAAGCUACAUGGAGGCCAGACUCUGGAGUCAGAUUUUUUUCUGGACUGAGAAGAAGCUUGGCCUGCCAGCGGGCUGUAUAAAGGCCACCGUGUUGAUCGAGUGUGUCCUGGCAUCGUUCGAGAUGGAGGAGAUUUUGUACGAGCUCAAGGAGCACUCUGCUGGUCUAAACUGUGGCAUCUGGGAUUACUCAGCUUCCUUUGUCAACAAAUUCGGUCAUCGGGCUGAUUUCCUCCUCCCUGAUCGCAGUAAGUAUGUGGAUAUGGAGAAGCGUUUCCUGCACAGCUACAUGGAUCUUCUAGUGCAGACGUGUCACCGCAGGGGUGCCCUAGCAACAGGAGGCAUGGCAGCAUUGCUGUUGCCUAGAGACAAAGCGAGUGACCUCUACAAGACUGUACUCAGAACUGUCACCAGACUUAAAUUACUGGAGAUCAAGGCAGGAGUUGAUGGCUUCAUGGUCUACGACAUGGACCUGAUUGAGCCCAUGCAAAAACUGUUUCAGCUUCACUCUCAUGGUCAGAAUCAACUCCUGCAGCUGCGUGCAGACAUCACUGUGACCCCUGAAGACUUGCUCACUAUGCCUGCGGGAGGAGUAACACUGUACGGACUGAGGUAUAACAUUGCUGUAGGAGUCCUCUUCAUUGAAGCCUGGCUUUCAGGCAGAGGUCAUUUCUUCUAUCUGGGGAAGGUUGAGGAUUCAGCAACAGCAGAGAUAUCCAGAUCUCAGGUUUGGCAGUGGAUCCGGCACCAAGUGAGACUGGAGGAUGAUGGGACAGUAGUGACCCGAGCUCUUGUCAGCAGUUUGGCUGAAGGACUGAAGGAAGAUCUGAAGGCAGCCAUACAUUGCCAAACAAGCAGGGACAAACAGAGGUUGAUGACUGCUGUGUCCAUGUUUAUAGAAAUAGUGCAGAAGAAUGUUUUCCCAGAGUUCCUCACCACAUACCUUAACCUGGACCACACUUUCCUCAGCUCUCAGAGCCAACAUGAGAACGGACAGCCAGACAUGGUGCCCAAAGCCAGACUCUAACGAGCCUAAAUUACUUCUACAUCACAAGCAUAAUAAUACAACCAUGAACGCUUGUUAUCUUAACAUUUGUGAACUCUCAAACUCUCUAUACCUAAAUUUUAGACAAAUAAUUAUGAUGAAGAUGGUUUAUAACAGUCUAAAAAAGGACAGGAAAUGUACUUCCGUUUAUCUAUAGCACAGUGGUUCUCAACCAGGAGACCUCAAGAUGACUUAAAAGCCAAAAUAACUUUAAAUC